AUGGCCCAAGCUCGAUUCUUUCAUCGCCUGUGGGUCGAAGAAGCACUUGCAGCUUCCUCCCCCGUCACUCUUGCAGUAACGUGGGGAAGCAAGCAAAGCAAUCGAAGCUGUCUUCCAUCUUCCGUUCCGCCUCUACGAAGCACCAUCCCAAUCUCCAACAAAACCGACCCUCUUCAAUUCUCUCUGCUUCAUCCACCAACUACUCACAAUUCAGACGCAAAACUCUACAAUAUCAGCUAUCCAACUGUCCAAUUUCACCCACAUCCAGCUAUCAUGGCCCGUAGCAACCUCACGAAGCUCUCUGGCGCGGCUGCCCGCACCCUCCGCGCCUCGUCACAGGCCCGUCUGGCCACCCCACGCCGCUCUGCCCUCCUCCUCCUCGCCCCCAAGCCGGUUGUCUCUGUAGUUCCGGCCCGGAAGCUCUUUACGACGUCGUCCGUCGCUGCCCGCGGCAUCAUGCCCGAUACCGACGAUCCCAAGGUCAAGGAAACGCCUAAGGACGAAGUCAAGAUGAAUAUCGUUGAGCUCACAGAUGCCGAGUACCACGAGCUCUCAGACGCUCACCUAGAGACCAUCCUCACACAGCUUGAGGAGCUUGCUGAUGCCCGCGAGGGAAUUGAUGUCGAGUAUUCUGCUGGUGUUCUCACCGUCACAUUUCCCGACGCCGGCACCUACGUGAUCAACAAGCAACCCCCCAACAAGCAGAUCUGGCUCUCGUCGCCCAUCUCGGGUCCCAAGCGCUACGACUGGGUCAUCGUCGGCGACUCGCAGAACGAAAAGGAGGGCACCGCCGCUGGCGCCUGGGUCUAUGCCCGCGACGGCAGCACCCUCGACGACCUCUUCCUGAAGGAGCUCGAUAUCGACCUUAGUAUAGCCCCGUCGACCUACGGUGAGGAUCAGUCGUAGGACGUCAAGAGUUCCACCCGAGGAUGAUGAUGGGAGGCAGGCGCCGACGCAGCCUUGCGAGUACUCAAGCGCUGGAGUGUAUUCUACAUGGCAACAGGGAGUUUCAGGGUGGUUAUUAGGGACUGGCAGCAAGCGACCCCUCUCAGAAGGGAGGCGACAAACAGGAUGGCUGUUGGGCCUGUGUAUACAAACUCUGUAAAGCAAGCGUUCAAUCGCGUAAAUUUGACCCCGGAUCUUGGCGAGAUUGCCGGAUUCUCCA